AUGUAUGCUGACCACAAGAAAACUCAGUCUCUGGGGAAAUCUGAGAAGAAGAGCUUCCUUAGUGCGGCGUCUGGAGGUACCGGCGGCAAGUCUGAAACCCAAACACAAAACUCUUCUAGGUCGUCCAGUGACCAGGACUACGGUGAGCAGGACUUUAACGAGGGGCUGUUAGACUUUAACAAACGGGAGUCUAGCAACCUUUCUCUGGGUCGGUACGAGGACAACUUAGCGGUGGUGAAGAAGGUGUUCAAGCAGCACGUCUCUAUGUCACGGGCACAGCUGGUGGAGCUCAAAGUGAUGAAAGGCAUCAACAAUGAGCAUGUGAACCGCUUCAUCGGUGUCUGCACUGAGCGUCCAAACAUCUGCUACCUCUUCCAGUACUGUACCAGGGGGAGCGUUAGGGAUGUUCUCGACAACGACAAUAUAGACGUGGAUGACAUGUUCCAGAUCUCUUUCAUUAUCGACAUUGCGAAGGGGAUGGAGUACAUUCAUCAGUCGAUCAUCAAGUACCACGGGAAGCUGAAGUCCACAAAGUGCGUUCUGGACCAACGCUGGGUGGUGAAAAUCACAGACUACGGUCUUAAGGAGUUCAAGUUCGGUGCGGACGUCCUGGAAGAGACCAAGGAACAAGAAACAAAGAAGAUGUUGUGGACAGCACCGGAAAUUCUUCGUAACCCGAGAGCCAUUGCGAGCUACGUGACGGCGCCGAAGUCGGACGUCUACAGCUAUGGCAUCAUCGUGCACGAGAUCCUGACCAGGGACAUGCCGUACUCAUCGUUUGGACUCAAUCCUUCAGAGGUUUUGGAGAAGAUCUCAGGAGGCAUGAGACCACCUUUCCGUCCUAUGCUUCCUACGUCGGACAAGAUCCAUCCGCUGAUCCUUCGCAUCAUGCAGGAAUGUUGGACGGAGGAUCCUCUUAGACGUCCAGACUUCGCCACUGUACGGAGUCAGCUCUUCACGGAACUCAAGGCAGGAACGAACUCAAACCUGAUGGAUGACAUCAUACACAAGAUGGAGACGUACACCAACAAGCUGGAGAAGAUGGUAGAGGAGAGGAACGAGCAGCUGAUGGGGGAGAGGAUGAGAGCGGAGGCGGUACUGGACGCCCUGCUGCCCCGUCCCGUGGCUGAAAAGCUGAAACUUGGACAGCAGGUUGCGCCAGAGUUCUUUGAACAGGCAACGAUAUUCUUCUCCGACAUCGUUGGCUUCACCAAGAUUUCGGCUGCAAGCACACCAUUUGAGACAAUCGACCUUCUGAAUGAUCUGUACUCCCUGUUGGACGGUAUUCUCAGCCAGCAUGACGUUUACAAGGUUGAGACCAUCGGCGAUGCCUACAUGGUAGCGUCUGGACUUCCCAAACGGAACGGCGACCGCCAUGCUGCCGAAAUCUGUAACAUGGCUCUCCAUAUACAACUGGCCAUGAGUCAGAAGUUCGUCAUCAAGCACAUGCCGGGCACUCCGCUGCUGCUGCGGGUCGGUGUGCACACGGGGCCGGUCGCCGCCGGGGUGGUGGGGACAACCAUGCCGCGGUACUGCCUGUUCGGGGACACCGUAACCACAGCUAACAUGAUGGAGUCACGUGGAGCAGCAAAUCGUGUUCACAUCAGCAGCACAACCAGAGCAGCCCUGAUGAACAUGAUAGGCUACCACAUUGAACCCAGAGGAAAGGUGGAGCUCACGGGCCCCGGUAUGAGCGAACACAACAAAGGACGGGCGGAAAUGACGUACUGGCUAACCGGAAAGGACGGGAUGGAGACUCUACCACAGUAACAGGAACAGUGAUGUUCAUGAAGCAGUAACUCUCAACGCUUAGACAUUGCGAGCUCUCAUCAUUUGAGA